GUCGGAGGAGAGCUGGGAAGAAGAGGCAGUGCUGCUACCUUCUCGUCCACGGCGCCUGACCCCUCCCGGGACCCGUGAUGCCGAGGCAGCUGCGAGGGGCGUCGAACAGUCGGGCUUGAGCCCCAGGUGAGCUGAGGGCUCGCGCUCUUCUGGUCUCCCUGGCCCGCCCCACCUGAAGAAAUGAGUGGUGGAUUGGCCCCAAGUAAAAGCACAGUGUAUGUAUCCAACUUGCCCUUUUCCCUGACCAACAAUGACUUAUACCGGAUAUUUUCCAAGUAUGGCAAAGUUGUAAAGGUAACAAUAAUGAAAGACAAAGAUACCAGGAAGAGUAAAGGGGUUGCAUUUAUUUUAUUUUUGGAUAAAGACUCUGCACAAAACUGUACCAAGGCAAUAAACAACAAACAGUUAUUUGGUAGAGUGAUAAAAGCAAGCAUUGCUAUCGACAAUGGAAGAGCAGCUGAGUUCAUCCGAAGGCGGAACUACUUUGAUAAGUCGAAGUGUUACGAAUGUGGCGAAAGUGGACACUUAAGUUAUGCCUGUCCUAAAAAUAUGCUUGGAGAACGGGAGCCUCCAAAGAAGAAAGAGAAAAAGAAAAAAAAGAAAGUUCCUGAACCAGAAGCAGAAAUUGAAGAAGUAGAAGAAAGUGAAGAUGAAGGGGAAGAUCCCGCUCUUGACAGUCUCAGUCAGGCCAUAGCUUUCCAGCAAGCCAAAAUUGAAGAAGAACAAAACAAGUGGAAACCCAGUUCCGGGGGUCCAUCAACAUCAGAUGAUUCAAGACGCCCAAGGAUAAAGAAAAGCACAUACUUCAGUGAUGAGGAGGAACUUAGUGAUUAAAAUUGUAUUUAUUAUGUAAAUAUCAUUAAAAUUUUUUUCAAAUCUUGCAGUACCAAGUUCAGUUGGGAGUAAAGAUUACUUUUAGAACUUGAACAUAAGAACACUUAGUACCAAAUAGUUUCUUACUUUAAAAUAGUUCAUAGGAAAUUGAAAAGUAAUUUUAAGGUAUCAUGUUUCUAUCUUGCAUCAAGAUUUGCUAAUAACCAUUAAUCUUGAAAAUAGUUCAUUUGAGUAUAAAAGAAAACAAUACUAUCAUAAUAAUGCUAUUGUCAUCUCAAGAAAAAAGAUAGAUUUUUAAAAGAUUUGUUUGAGAAGUUCAUUAUGAAAGUUUAUUCCUGUCUGAUUGGUUUACACGAGGACUUCAGAAAUAAACUUCACCUUUAAAACAAAAACUUCAUAAAGACUGUGAAAAAGUUAAAUGAUUUAUUAUUAUUAAAGAUUAAUAAAACUUUCUCAAGAGAACUUUAUUUUUAAA